ACAGUGUCAGAUAGUGGUACGAGUGUAUGAGUGCAUCUUACAGGCCGCUUUAUGACACAUAUACUUAGUUAGUCCUCCAAGUAGGUGUACAUUUUGUAUUAAUUGUCUUUGCUCCGUUUCUGACUUAAGAACGUUUGUAUAUUUUUUUAGAGGACUGUUUCUUAUCCCACUGCUGUACUGAGAAUGGUUCAGCCAUCAGAGGUUGGUCCUGUGCUGGGUUCUUUCCAGUCAGCAAUGUAGUACACUCUCAGAAAUAAAGGUACCAAACUGUACUUUUCUUGUCACUUGGGUGGUACAUCAAGUUGUACCUGGGAAACUGUAUGUGGUGUACUGUUAGUUUUCUGAGUAACGCUUUAAAGGUGCAUUGCAUCAGUGGUCCUUAAGGUCCAUAGGUGUACUAUAUUCACAUUUUUAGGUAAAAGAUUCACUUUGUACCUUGAUACACUCAAGGUACAAAGGAUACACCACAUCAGUGAUACAGAAAAGUACAGUUUGGUACUGUUAUUUCUGAGGGUGUAGAGGGGUGGAUGAAAUGUUGUCCAAAGCAAUAGACAACAUAGGAAAGUGUAAUAUGAUCAUUAAACCUAAACGCUGUAGACUUGUACCUGCUGGAAUUGUAAUCAUACGGAGCAUCCAACACACUUAGUACUGUUUUGACUUUAUAGUAUACAGUUAUGGAAAGAUAAUGAUUUAUAAUCCCACUAUCCAGUGCCAUGUAGAAGAGCACAGGUUCCUUUCUGAGUCUGGUUUCUUCCUCAUGUCAUCUCAGGGAGAUUUUCCUCACCACUGUCGCACCACUGGCUUGCUUAUAAGGGAUCUAAAGCCACGUCUGGAUUUCGGUAAAGCUGCUUUGUGACAAUGUCUAGUAGUAAAAGUGCUAUAGGAAUCAAAGUGAAUUGAAUUCAUAUAGGAAAAUAUGAUUUUUAAAAAGCAAUUAACAAGUUUAAGGUAGAUGUUGAUGAUGAGGUGCUCAGUGAGAGUGGUGCUGUGUUGGUCCACAGAAACAUCUUCAUGCACGCUAUUAUGAGUAUUCCUGUAGGAAUAUUGCGUUUGGAUUAUGUAUUCGCUUCACGAGCUUUCUUCUGUCUUCGUUCUGAGGGAGUGUUUAGGCGUAGACCAGGCAUUAUUAUGGUGUAUUAUGGUGUAUUAUGGUGCGCGUCGGCGCCUGGGCAGGCUCGCUCCUGUGUGUGCGCACGUCGUGUGCGCGCUUGCGCGGAAAGAUCCUCCUCUCCUGAGCCGCGCUGCUUCCAGCCUCCAGUCUCUAGUGUGUGUCAGUGUGAGUGUGAGAGAGUGUGUGUGAGUGUGUGGAGCGGACGGACAGCGAGCAGCAGCUUCAGAGCGAUUUAAGCAGGAGCUCGGGACUGAUCAAAGUGCCGAAAACACCGACGGGACUUUAGCGCGCGCUCGGUUUCCUCCGCUUCGGACCAUGUUCUUGGUGCAGUACACAGGACUAAACCCGUUACCCUUUGACCCCGCAACCAACAACGAACCGCUUCAAUUUAAUAACUCCAAUGGGCCUCUGGUGUCCGAGUGUCCUCUGGAGACCAGUACCGAAAACGGCAGCAAGAAAAGGAAGAGACCAAAUCUUCCUCCAGAGGGUCUACGUAAUAUAGCAAUGGACUCUAGCUCAUUGGGACUGCCCAUGUCCGACCCAAACGCCUGGGCCACUGCCAUGAACAACCUAGGGAUGGCGCCCAUGGGCAUGACUGGUCAGCCUCUCAUGUCAGAUUUUGACCCCAGCCUCGGCAUGAUGACGGGUAUUGCUCCGAUGAAUCCGAUGAUGCCCGGCUUGGGCAUCGUGCCACCUCCUAUUUCUCAAGACCUACCUAUUGUCAAGGAGAUCAUCCACUGCAAGAGCUGCACCUUGUUUCCCCCCAACCCCAACCUGCCUCCUCCAGCCACCCGUGAGAGACCCCCAGGCUGUAAGACAGUGUUUGUAGGGGGUCUACCUGAAAACGCCACUGAGCAGAUCAUAUCAGAAGUGUUCGAGCAGUGUGGCGCCAUCAACGCCAUUCGCAAGAGCAAGAAGAACUUCUGCCACAUUCGCUUUGCUGAAGAGCACACAGUGGACAAGGCACUUUUCCUAUCUGGUUACCGGAUCCGUCUCGGCUCCAGCACGGAUAAGAAGGACACAGGCCGGCUGCACGUGGACUACGCUCAGGCCAGAGACGACCUGUACGAGUGGGAGUGCCGGCAGCGCAUGCUGGCAAGAGAAGAAAGACACCGGCGCAGGAUAGAGGAAGACCGUUUGCGCCCACCAUCCCCACCUCCCAUCGUUCACUACUCCGAGCACGAAUGCAGCCAGCUGGGGGAAAAAAUCAAAGAUGACUCCAAGUUUCCCGAGGCAGUGCGAGUGCUGCUGACCUGGGUGGAAAGAGGCGAAGUGAACCGCCGCAACGCCAACAACUUCUACUCCAUGAUCCAGUCGUCUAACAGCCACAUCCGCAGGCUGAUGAACGAGAAAGCGGCGCACGAGAAGGAGAUGGAGGAGGCCAAGGAGAAGUUUAAGAACGCCCUUGCUGCCAUCCUUGUACAAUUUGAGCAGAUUGUGUCUGUAUUCCACGCUGCUUCCAAACAAAAGGCAUGGGACCAUUUCUCCAAAGCCCAACGCAAGAACCUGGACAUGUGGCGCAAGCAAGCAGAGGAAAUCAGGAACAUCCAUAACGAGGAGCUGAUGGGAAUCCGCCGGGAAGAGGAGAUGGAAAUGUCCGAUGACGACAUGGAGGAUGCACUGGAGAGCAAAGACUCGGAUGACUCAGGGCCACUGGCACAGGUGGAGGCCCUGAGGGAGGAGAACGACAGUCUACGCUGUCAGUUGGAUGCCUAUAGGAAUGAGGUGGAGCUGCUGAAGCAGGAACAGAGUAAAGCUCAUCCUCCACACAGUGAAGAAGACACAACACGCCAACAACAGCUCAGCUUCUUACAACAAGCUCUGCAGGGCAUGCAAAAGCAACUGCUGAAGAUCCGCGAUGAGCUGAAACAGAGAGAAAUGGAGCUGGAGAAGAGCACAGAGGACAAACAGCAGCUAGAGAGUCAAAUCCAAAGCCUUAAAGACAGAAUUCAAGCCUUCCCCGCAUCACACACCCUGCCUUUGGAGAGGCCGGAGUGGGAGGACAGAGGCAGCGAUGAAAACACAAGUCAUGCCAGUGAGUCAGCAGCAUCCGCAGUGGUGUCCUGCAGUCAGGAGAAAGAGAGUGUCCCAGACAAGGGUCCACCCAGUCCUGUGAAAUCCGAAAGGGAGGCCCUGCUCGUGGGAAUAAUCUCAACGUUCCUCCACGUGCAUCCAUUCGGGGCCAGCAUCGAGUACAUCUGCUCCUACUUACAGCGUCUGGACACCAAGAUUAGCACGACAGAGGUUGAGACGCUGCUGGGUCGACUGCCCUACACCUUUAAGCAGGAGCUGACGGGCGUGGGUGCCAGUCUGGAGAAGCGCUGGAAGUUCUGCGGAUUUGAAGGCAUCAAGACGGCAUAGAGUCGUGUCACCGAGUGUUAAACCCCCAAGACUGGCACAGCCAGGGCAAUUUUUUUUGUUUUUUUUUUCAAAAAAAAGGCCCACAGAGAGGAGUGAGUUCUUCUGAUUAGCCAACAUCUGCUCACCGAGCCUUGGACACUUUCAUUCAGCUCAGAGAGGAAGUGUAGAGUCCUGGGCUCUGGUGUGUGUACGUUCUACAGUGUUCGAGCACAGACUUGUUUGUCUGAGUGUCAGUGUGUAUGUUAAUGUGUGUAUUGCUGCCAUAUGGAAGGACUGGUGUGAGCCACCGAGAUAAAACAGCACUAACCUGCCGAAGGAUUAUCAGAACAGAAGCAGGCUGAACUCUAUUUACAUCAACUUUGUUUUACUUUCUUUCCGUUCUUUUUUUUUUUUU